CCCUAGGCGUGGCGUGGCGCUGUCCUCGGUGCUGAAAGUUGCGGCGAGCUAUUCCUCGGGAACUGAAACUGCGUAAGAAGCAGCGGAAGGAAGACCCUUGAACGAGGAUUUAGACAGGCAUACAUGUACGAAAGGAGGCUGCUUUGGGUCCCCCUGGACUAUUCCUAAGAAGGAGAUCACUGCUCACUAGAUGAGACGUAGGGGCAUCUAUUAAGGCUUUCAUAUCCCUCUGCAACAGUUCACCAUCACAGUAACCACAGACCACUCAGGAUGAGUGGCUUCCUCGCCUCCCUGGACCCCCGGAGGGUGCAGUGGGGGGCUGCCUGGUAUGCCAUGCACUCUAGAAUCCUGCGCACCAAACCAGUGGAGUCCAUGCUGGAGGGAACUGGGACCACCACGGCACAUGGCACCAAACUCGCCCAGGUGCUCACCACUGUGGAUCUCAUCUCACUUGGUGUUGGCAGCUGUGUGGGCACAGGGAUGUACGUGGUGUCUGGCCUGGUGGCCAAGGAAAUGGCAGGACCAGGUGUCAUUGUGUCCUUCAUCAUUGCAGCUGUGGCCUCCAUAUUAUCAGGUGUGUGCUAUGCAGAGUUUGGAGUUCGUGUUCCCAAAACCACAGGGUCAGCCUACACCUACAGUUAUGUGACCGUUGGGGAAUUUGUGGCUUUUUUCAUUGGCUGGAACCUGAUCCUGGAGUAUCUGAUUGGCACUGCAGCUGGCGCCAGUGCUCUGAGCAGCAUGUUUGAUUCACUGGCAAAUCAUACCAUCAGCCGAUGGAUGGUGGACACCGUGGGAACCCUCAAUGGCCUGGGGAAAGGUGAAGAAUCAUACCCCGACCUGCUGGCUCUGGUGAUUGCCAUCAUUGUCACCGUCAUUGUUGCUCUGGGGGUGAAGAAUUCUGUGGGCUUCAACAAUGUCCUCAACGUAUUAAACCUAGCAGUGUGGGUAUUCAUCAUGAUAGCAGGCCUCUUCUUCAUCAAUGGGAAAUACUGGGCCGAGGGCCAGUUUUUGCCUCACGGCUGGUCAGGGGUGCUGCAAGGAGCCGCUACGUGUUUCUAUGCUUUCAUUGGCUUUGACAUCAUUGCCACCACUGGAGAGGAAGCCAAGAACCCAAACACAUCCAUCCCUUAUGCGAUCACUGCCUCCCUGGUCAUCUGCCUGACAGCAUAUGUAUCUGUGAGCAUGAUCCUCACUCUAAUGGUGCCAUACUAUGCGAUUGACACGGAAUCCCCACUCAUGGAGAUGUUUGUGGUCCAUGGCUUCUAUGCUGCAAAAUUCGUAGUGGCCAUUGGUUCUGUGGCAGGGCUGACUGUCAGCUUACUGGGCUCCCUCUUUCCAAUGCCAAGAGUCAUUUACGCCAUGGCUGGUGAUGGGCUUCUUUUCAGAUUCCUGGCUCAUGUGAGCUCCUUCACAGAAACACCUGUGGUGGCCUGCAUUGUGUCAGGGUUCCUGGCAGCUCUCCUGUCACUAUUGGUCAGCCUGAGAGACCUCAUAGAAAUGAUGUCCAUUGGCACACUCCUCGCUUACACCUUGGUCUCUGUCUGUGUCUUGCUCCUACGAUACCAGCCAGAGAGUGACAUUGAUGGUUUUGUCAAGUUCUUGUCUGAGGAGCACACAAAGAAGAAGGAAGGCAUUCUGGCUGACUGUGAAAAGGAUGUGUGUUCCCCUGUGAGUGAAGAAGAGUUUUCUGGCCCAGCCACCAACACCUGUGGGGCCAAGAACUUGCCAUCCUUGGGAGACAACGAGAUGCUCAUAGGAAAGUCAGACAAGUCCACCUACAAUGUCAAUCACCCCAACUAUGGCACUGUGGACAUGACCACAGGCAUAGAAGCUGAUGAAUCGGAAAACAUCUAUCUCAUCAAGUUAAAGAAGUUGAUUGGGCCCCGUUACUACACCAUGAGGAUCCGGCUGGGCCUUCCAGGCAAAAUGGACCGGCCCACCGCUGCUACUGGGCACACGGUGACCAUCUGCGUGCUCCUGCUCUUCAUCCUCAUGUUCAUCUUCUGCUCCUUCAUCAUCUUUGGUUCCGACUACAUCUCAAAGCAGAGCUGGUGGGCCAUCCUUCUGGUUGUUCUGAUGGUGCUGCUGAUCAGCGCCCUGGUGUUUGUGAUCCUGCAGCAGCCAGAGAACCCCAAGAAGCUGCCCUACAUGGCCCCCUGCCUCCCUUUCGUGCCCGCCUUUGCCAUGCUGGUGAACAUCUAUCUCAUGCUAAAGCUCUCCACCAUCACAUGGAUCCGGUUUGCAGUCUGGUGCUUUGUGGGUAUGCUCAUCUAUUUUGGCUAUGGCAUCUGGAACAGCACCCUAGAAAUCAGCGCCCGGGAAGAGGCCCUACACCAAAGCAUGUACCAACGCUACGAUGUGGAUGACCCUUUCUCGGUGGAAGAGGGUUUCUCCUACGCCACUGAGCAUGAGAGCCAGGAGAACUGGGGCGGGCCUUCCGAGGACAAAGGCUUCUAUUACCAACAGAUGUCAGAUGCAAAGGCAAACACCCGGACAAGUAGCAAAGCAAAGAGCAAAAGCAAACACAAACAGAACUCGGAGGCCCUGAUUGCAAACGAUGAGUUAGAUUACUCUCCGGAGUAAGAGCACCCACAAAAGAAGUAUGUAGAAAUGGUGAUUUCUUUUCAGUAAUUUAACCUGUGGGCUAGGAGGUGAAAACAUGUUUUGGCUUUCCUUUCAAAAAUUCUGCCUUUCCCAAAGUCAAUUUCCAGAUCUAACCUGCCACUUGCUCCUUUUGUUCUUCAGGGUAGUGUGUGGAAGGGUUUCAUCUGGGUCCUCUACCUGGCCCCCUUCUAAAAAGAAUUAAGCAGAGGGUACAAAACAUUCUAUCUUGGGUACAACCACCAAAGAUGAGAGCAACAACUGUCUGGUAGCCUUUUUCUGUGCUGGUUAAAUCUUUUUGCUUCUUUUUGAGAUCCCCAAGAGACAAGGGGCAAACUUGCUGGACCACAUUAAAAUUACAGUUCCUCCUGGAGAUGUGCCAAAGCAGGUGGUUGUGGGCAAGGCAGCAGAGAUCCAUCCCAGAGACCACAGGGGUUAAGCUCUGAUCUCAGCAGGCUGGGCUCCCACGGUCAGGAUGGACAGGUGGGAAUUGGAAAUUCCUCAGAAAGCAGCGCUGUGUCCCAAAAAUCUCACAGAAAUCAAUUUUUUUUCUCACAGGGAA